UCCCUCUAAACUCUUGUGUUCAGACCCGGCAGCCCCUUGCUGAGUUGGUCGCAAUCAUUGUUUCUCUGCAGCAUUAACCACAUUCCUGAGAGGCGCAGCGCAUCCCGUCUUCCUCCACGCAUUCCUUUCAGGCGAACGAGUCCGCUCUCCAAAACGGGAUUUUAUUCACAUUUUCGGGGUGCCAAGUACGCUCAGAUCGUCAUGGAAAAAACUGGACUUGGUGCACGUAUGAUUAUGUAACCCAGUUUGAGUUCUGCUUGAAAGGCUUUCAGUGGGGGGAAAUGUGGAAGAAAAACCAACAAGGAGAAAUUCCUCCGCGCAGCGCGCCAUUGACUGUAAAAGACCUUUCAACUUAACAAAAACUGAAGUUGACAAACGUAUCCCCGUCGGGGCCGAGAACUGUGAGAAAGAGUUUGUUGUGUUGUUUAGUGUUUUUUUUUUUUUUUUUUUUUUUGUGGAGAGAGAGAGAGAGAGGGGGCAGCGGGAUAAGGAGGAGCAGCCAUGUGGCUCGCCGUGGAGGCUUCGCGGGUUGCGCGGCUGCAGCGCGGCUGCGGUUGCGGUGUGUUGUUGUGAUUUCCAUGUGAGAUGCGAGCAGCGCUCCGCGGAGAGCUCCUCGCAACCAAACCGACAUGGAGCACUUCCAGGAGGAGCUGGGGCUCCUCAUGGAGGACCUCUCCCUGUACGACGCGUAUAAAGACGGGCUGUUCCCGGCGGCGCGGAGGGAGCUGGUGGUGAACCCGGACCUGGACUUCUCCUCCUCCCCGGGCGCGCAGGAGCCGGUGGCGGCGGCGGUGGUGGUGGCGCACGGCGGCUCCUGCGCGCCGGAGAGCCUCACCAAGGUGUACGCGCCGGAGAGCCUCACAAAAGUGUACGCGCCGGAGAGCCUCACCUGCGGGAGCAGCAAGGUGUACGCGCCGGCCGCGGUGCGCGCCGCGGCGGGCUGCGGCAGAGCCGCCGCGGCGCCCGGCGGCGUCGCCCGCUCCGAGGUGGCGCAGCCCUGCUACAGCGGGGAGCGGCACCGCCGCUACUCCCUGGAGGUGCAGCCGGGACAUCGCUACAGCACCGGCUCCACCCUGGACGGAGCGGUUCUGCACAGAGCAACGGGCAACAGCGUGUGCAUCCCCGGGCAGGACGGCUGUGGCGAGGACUGGCGGCGCCGUGGCGCGCAGGACGCGCGCCACGGCGCCGCCAGUCCCCGCCAGAGCCUGGCCGUGCCGGGCCAGGACCGGCACCAGCAGGACCGCAGCGCCCGCUCCAGCUACGCCAGCACGGCCAGCGACAGCAGCAAGCCGUCCAGCCCGCGCACCAGCGUGAACAGCAGCUGCGACUGCUGCAGCAAGCCCAGCAGCAACCGCACCAGCGGCAUCAGCAUGGGCUACGACCAGCGCCACGCCAGCCCGCGCUCCUCCAGCGCCCGCUCCAGCGCCCGCUCCAGCACGGCCAGCCAGUACUCCUUCACCACCACCAGCCCCCGCUCCAGCUACUCCGACUCCCCGCGCUGCCUCGGGCUGGAGGCGGCCAUCCUGCACGCCGCCGCCGCGGCCGCGCCGCUGCUGCUGGCCAGCCCGCGCUCCAGCAUCUGCAGCCAGGACGGCAGAGCCGGCGCGGGCUCCAGCAUCUCCAGCCACAGCUCCCGCAGCUCCCGGAGCUCCCGCAGCUCCAGGGGCUCCAUGAGCGCCUACCCGGACCUGCCGCUGCAGGAGCCGCCGGGCCCGGGGGACUCCAACCGCCUGCAGCUCCAGGCGGUGCCGGAGCCGGUCCAGACGGAGGUGACCGCGGGGUCGCCGUCCUCCUUCAGUUAUGGGAUGUCCACCAAGGCCACGUCCUCCUGCAGCCAGAGGUUCAAGCUGCCCUACCAGGUGACCCCCAGCCGGGACAGCGGGCCCAGCCAGGCGGAGAAGCGGCUGGAGGCGCUCACGCUGGAGCUGGAGAAGGAGCUGGAGAUGCACAUGAAGAAGGAAUACUUCGGUAUCUGCGUCAAAUGUGGAAAGGGUGUGUACGGGGCCAGCCAAGCAUGCCAGGCCAUGGGGAACCUCUAUCACACAAACUGCUUCACCUGCUGCUCAUGUGGGAGACGGCUGCGAGGGAAGGCGUUUUACAACGUCAACGGGAAGGUUUACUGCGAGGAAGAUUUUCUGUACUCUGGUUUCCAGCAGACGGCCGACAAGUGCUUCGUGUGCGGUCACCUCAUCAUGGAGAUGAUCCUGCAGGCACUAGGGAAGUCCUACCAUCCCGGCUGUUUCCGCUGUGUGGUGUGCAAAGAGGGUCUGGACGGAGUGCCUUUCACCGUGGACGUGGAGAACAACAUCUACUGCGUCAAAGACUACCACACGGUUUUUGCUCCCAAGUGUGCCUCAUGCAACCAGCCCAUCCUUCCCGCCCAGGGUUCAGAGGAGACCAUCCGGGUGGUUUCCAUGGACAAAGACUACCACGUGGAGUGCUACCACUGUGAGGACUGCAGGCUGCAGCUGAACGACGAGGAGGGCCACCGCUGUUACCCGCUGGAAGGACACCUCCUCUGCCACGGCUGCCACAUCCACCGGCUGCAGUCCAAGGUCCCCGCCCACCCGCCCCCCAGCUACCCUCUCCACGUGACUGAACUGUGAGGGGGCCGGCCCACGCUCCACCCCCCCAGGUGGUCCAGGACACCAGCAGCAGCCCCCCCUUCCCCCCCCGGCCACCUGAGAUACUGUCCCCGUCCUCAGCUGGACAGCCCGGCCUCGGAUCUACAAACGGAUGCAGCUCCAUGCCACCAUGCAACCCUAAAAGCGGUCAAAAGGAGUGUUUUUGGACUUGAACAUCUCUCCGUGCCCCCUGCCCCCUCACUGUCCCUGCACUCUGACUGAAGCUGGUCCAGCCACAGGUCCGGAUGCUGCUGCUGCUGCUGCUGCUGCCGGCGCGAGGGAGUCCAGGGGAGCGAGCCGGGGCCGGACGGCGGUGUGCAGCUCCCAGCACCGGCACAGAGCCCUGCUGCAGGCUAUGCAAAGGACAAGCCAGCAUCCCCACACGGGGCUGUGCACAACAAACACAAACUGAAAUAAACUGAUUGCUAGUCAGCUGGCAGCGUGCCGGCACAGCAGAUGCACCGUAGCGCCACCAGCCCAGAAAACUGACUGACAUUCCACUUAGAAGUCUAAGACAGCACCUCAAGAGAUUCACAAGCAGUGUCUUAAUUAAUAAUUAUAUUAUGACAGAAAAAGAAAAAGUUAGAUGCACAUAGAUUGUCUUUUAUAUAUAUGAAUAUAUAUUUGGCAGAUGUUUUCCACAUUAAAAUGCUAGAUGUAGUUUUUUUUUGUAAAUGUUGUUGCGCUCGUUAUGGAAUCGGAGGUGAAACUGUUUCAUCGUCGGUCUGAAUCCUCGUCGUGUCAUUUCUCCUCCUCGAGGGUCAGACAUCCACACGCUCUGUGGGAGCAGACCUCGCUCACAUAGUAUUUGUAUUCAGGUAUCCCCCCCCCCCCCCACACACACAUUUAAGUACUUCGAAUCUGCUUAAGUCGAAUCAUUUGGGCAGUUUUUUUUUAAACAAACUGACUCUUGUCGACAGCCUGGCGCUGAUGUUUGAGCUCCUGUGUUUUCAUUAAAGAGAAAGAAAACUGAUUUUAUCUCCACUGCUACUCCAAGGCCCAUGGAAGAGGAUCAGGGCCACUGAAGAAAAUACAUUGAAUU